AUGAUGUUAUUAGAUAAUGAUAAAUUAGCAGAAUUAGAAGAUGAAUUUAAUGAAUACCCAGGUGGAAUAGAAUUAACAAAUUUUGUAUGGUUAAUGAAAUGUGCAAUUAUGCAUUCCGAAGAAGAAAAAUACGAAUUAAUUAAUGGUUUAAUUAAAUUAUUUGAAGACAUAGAUAUAAAUGGAGAUUAGCAAAUGGAAUGGAGUGAAUUUACAUAAUAUAUAAUAGAUGCAGUGAUAGGUGAAAAAGACUAAAAUACUUUAGAAGCUAGAUUUGAAAAAGAAAGAGAUUUAACUGAAAAGGAAAUAAUAGAUAGAGCAUAUUCAAAAAAAACAAAAAAAUAUUAAGAAUGUAACUAUAAAGAUAAUUCAAAUCAUUUAGGAUUAAUUAUAAAAGCAAUUUAUUCUCCCCAUUUAGAUGCUAUUUUAACUCUAGAGUAAAAUUCAAGUAAAAUAAAAUUUUAUACAACCGAUUGUAAAGAAGUCGAAAUUUAAUAAAAGAAAAUUCAACUUUAACCUAAUUUCGAAGAUUAAUAAAGGCCUUUUAUUUUGGAUUUUACAAUUGCUGAGAGUUUAAAUACAAUAGUUAUAAUCACUUCUAAUCGUUAGUUUUUUUUAUGGGAAAAUAAUUUAACAACAAAACCAAUAAAAAAUUUCGUAGUAGAUGUUUUACAAACAGGUAUAUGGUAUUUGCCAAUCUAAAAACUAUGGAUAUCUGCAGGAGCUGACUAUAACAUUAGAACUUGGAAUUUCGAUUAAUAUCCUGACUAAACUAAAAUAAAAUAAGAAAGAUUAAUGCUUGCUCAUUUAAAAAUGAUAACAAAAAUAGAAGAAUUAAAUUCGCCUCGCCUAAUCGCUUCAUCUUCCCUUGAUGGAAAAAUAAAAUUAUGGGAUUUAACAGAUUCAUCACAUCCUCCAAUUUUAGUAACGGAAUUAAGAGAUCCUAACUAGACUUUUAGAGGAGUUUUAGGUUUGUCCUAUUCAAGUUUUUAUGGAUCUAAUUUGUUGAGUUAUGGAUUUUAAAAUCAUAUAAAUAUUUGGUGCCCUGAAUUAUCUAUUACAAGACCAUUUAUUGGAAAAUUAGAAGGACAUAGUCAUUUAGUUUAAAAUUGUAAGUUUAUGGAAAAAUCACCAAAUAUAAUUUCUAUUGAUGAAAAAUGUAAUGUAAGAAUUUGGGAUAUUAGAACUUCAAAGUCUAUUUAAAUUAUUAAUUUGGAAGGAUAAUUCUCUACAAUUUAUGAUAUUUGUGUUGUUUUUGAUCAAAAAGAUAUGUUUAUAUUAACAGGAAAAAGAUUAAUUUAUUUUGAAAAUUUAUAAUUUUCUGGAUUAAAAAAUAAUAUUUCAAAUGAAUAAUAUCCUAUUUGUGUAGAUUUUAAUUAUUAUUUUAAAACUUUCGCAAUUUUAACAAAAAAUGAUAUGAGAAUAUAUAAUGCUAUGAAUGGAAAAUUAUAAAAAGUGUUUAAUGAAUUAUAUGAUGAUAAUUUUUAAGUUGAUUUAUCUAUGUUUGUUUCAGGAGCUAGACAAAGGAAGUUUUUUGUAGCUGAUAAUUUAGGAUUAAUAAGAUAAUAUAAUAUGAAAAAUGGUUCAUUUUUGAAAAAUGUGAAUAAAAAAGAUGAAACAGAGAGCUAAGAAUUUACAAAAAAGAAAACCUCAGAAAUCCCAAAAAAGGAAGAAAAUAAUUAAAUAUCAUAAAUAAUAUUUUUAAUGGAAGAAAAAUUACUUAUUGCCUCUUUUUUCGACUCUACUAUUAGAAUAUAUGAUGAAGAAGAUGCUAGUGAAUCAGUUUUAAUAAGAAUUUUAAAAGGAGGACAUAGAGAUAGUGAAAUAACUUCCUUAGCUUAUUCAGAUAAGCAUUCUUUAAUUACGAGUGGAUCUGCUAAUGGAAUGAUAGCAGUAUGGGAAUUCUAAACAGGAUUAUUGGAAACUAUAUUUAUUUGUAAAGAAAAAGGAGAAGUUAAUUCUCUUAUUUUUGCUGAUGAUUUUCCUGUCCUUUUUAGUUCAGGAAGUUCUGGUAUAGUUUAUUUAUGGGGUUUAAAAAAAUGCCCAGCGGACUUUAAAUAUGCUUGUAUAGGAAGAUUUGUUAAUAGUUAUUUUUCCAAAGACAAUUAUAUUCCAGUUGGAAUUUCUUAUAUAAUCUGUGAAAGUAACGUUUAGAAAGGAGUAGAUUUUGAAAUAAUAGAAGAUGAUAUUGCUCCUCAUUAAAAAUAAGAAUUUAAUCCUGUAAUAAAUGAUUAAAAGGAUAGAAAUAAAGACUCGUCCAAUAUUUAAAAUAAUUAUGAAUAAUAAAAUACAACGAUUAGGAAAUAAAAUCUUAGCUUCUAAGAUUAUUAGGAAGCUUACAAUUAGUAUAAAAAUACUAUUUAUGAAAAUAAAAAGAGAAUUUAUCUAAUUAUAGGUGAUCAUAAAGGAAGAAUGCAAACAUGGAACUUUAGUGAAUAUUUUUAAUAAAAAGGUUUAAAAGAAGUUGAAAAAAAGAAAAUAAUAUUCAAAUUAAAAAAACGAAAAGACCUAAUAAAUGGUCAAAAAGCUGUUGAUUUUAUACUGUAAACUCCCGAAAGAAAAAACGAAAAAUUUCCAAAUAUAGUGCAUUGUUAUAAUUCUGUUUUAAUAAAAAGAUGGGAGGCUCAUAUAAAUUAAAUUAAUUUUAUUUUAAAAAUAAAUAAUCCAAUAUUAUAUGCUUCAUGUUCAUUAGAUUAACAAAUAAAAAUUUGGGAUAUACAAGGAAAAUGUUUUGCAAGAAUAUGUUUAGGAAAUCCUAAUAAAAAUUUCUGGGAUUUUCCCUUUGAUUGGGUUUAGCAUAAAUUAAAAGACACAGAUGAAGUUUUCAAUUAAUUAGAUGGAAUAAAUAGAUUAGAUUAAGAAAACAGUAAUAAAUUAUCAGUAAAAUAAAAGGAAUAAAUUUAAAAAAAAUACUUGAAAACCUAAUACUUUUAAAAUAAUACUAAAGAAAAAAUUAAAGAGAUAAAAUAUGAAACUUUGUACCCAAAACAUGAACUUACAAAAGAUUAAAUAAAAGAGUAGUAAAAAAAAGAACUUUAUACAUAUAUAAGACAGAUUAAAUAUGUAUAGGAUCCAAUUCAGGAUUUAAAAAAUAAAAUUUAUGAGGAAAAAUAACUGGACGAUAUUUAAAAUAAAAAAAAUGAAAUUAUAAAGAAAUGUGGAACUGCAGAAUAAGAUAUAAUACCGAUUAAAUAAUUUUAUAAUUAUAUCCCUAAAGUUGAAGAUUUUAAUAAUAAUUUGCCUUUAACUAAUUCUGAUUUUGAGGAGAUUAAAAGAAAAUUUAUUUAAUCUAAAAAGUAAUAAGAUCAUAAAAAAUAAGAAAUUAAAAAAAAAAUUAACAAGAAAAAUCUUAAAGUAUUUUUUAAAUAAAUUAUUUUUAAUUUAUUAAAUAAUAUUUUUAAAUUAGAAAAUUUAAGUGAUAAAGUAUAAUUAAACAGAAAAAGUCAAUCUUUGAAAAAAAUAAAUGAUUAAAAACAAAAACUUCCUUUAGAAAAUAAAUUAUUAUAAUCAUCUUUAUUUAAAUAAACUUAUAAUAUUCCUAUAAAAGAAAAAAUAUUAAAUAAUAAUUUUAUUUCUAAAUCUGCUAAUGAAAAAAUAUAGUAAAAACUAAAUAAUAUAUUUUUUUUAUUAUUUAAAAAAAAAGAAGAAGAAAAUAUACAUAUAAUAAAGAUAUAAAAUAUUUAUAAGGAGAAGCUUAAAGACUAUUAAAAACAUCAAUUGAUAAAUAUGUAUUUUAAUAGGAUUCUGAAGCUCCCUUGA